AUGGCUACCGCUGCACAACCUGUUUAUUUCGAGCUCAGUUGGUCAAUCCUGAGCACGAUAGGUUUGGUCAACACCCUCUUUGGGCUCCUUGUUGGCGGCAUCACGACGUUUUCCCCGAUAUGCGCGGUUCCAAUAAUCACCUCGCUGAGUUGCGCCAUCGCCAAUGGCCUUUGCUACUACGCCUUUUAUAAUGAAUCCUACCCGGUCACAAAUCGAGCGGUGGCAUCGGUGUUUGCAGACAUAGCUUGGAUGGCACAAGAGGCAGGGUAUUCGUUUUACAGUUACAUUAUCCUCACUCGAAUGUUACGCAGGAAGUCACUAUAUAUUUUUACGGGACUUUUCUGGUUUUCGAUGCUCGGUAUCUUGAGCAUCCGUGUCUCGAUCGCAGUGUUAAGAGUAGGAAUUAUUACAGGUAGUAACGACAAGGGUCAAAAGACAAUCAAUAGCUUACACGUGGGCUACUUUGUAUUAAUCGCCACGGUGGAGUGUAUCAGCGCUUUCUUCCUCCUGCGGACCUUCCAUAAAGCCAAGGUGAUGUCUCGAGAGACAGCCAUUCGGACAGACUUGCUUCGCCAUCUCAUGCGGAGCACUGAAGGUCGCCUGGCACUCCUUGCCAUCCUGGGAACAAUGAGGGCAAUCACAUAUUCAUUCCAGGCUUCCGCCCAGAGUGCAACGGGCAUUGCUAGUCAGCUGGACCGGUUUGCUUACACCCUGGAGUGCAUGUUCCCAAUCAUGAUGCUGUGA